CCUGAGCUUACACUACUCCUCCUUUGUAUGAUUGUGUUUUGUUUGGAAGCUAGGCUGGUCAUAUUCAUUACUUUUCAAUCUAAGGUACUUGAUUGGGAUGCAGCACGACAGUACUGCCAGAAGAACCACAUAGACAUGGUUACCUGGAAUAUAGUAGACCCGAACCUGCUGACUACCCGGCUGCAGAACGCAGGCUACACCCAUGUCUGGAUUGGUUUACACGAGGAUCCUGAGCAACAGUCAGUCUGGAGGUGGAUCAAUGUGAAAACUGGUGAAGGCUUGACGGGAGAUGACGUCUCACAGAGCAAGAACUGGGCGACAGGUCAGCAAUUUGACGACAGCUGUUGCAAUUAUAACAUCCCAACUAAAAAGUGGUACAGCACAGUUUGCUCCUAUCCGCUUCCCUUCAACUGCUACGAAGACAAUCUGCUGCUGGUGACUGAGAACAAGACUUGGGAGGAUGCUCUGAAUCACUGCAGAAAAAUGACAAAUGCAACCCAUACGUAUGACCUCUUGAGCGUUAGUUAUCCAUCUAACUUCAGCUAUGUGAGAGAUCGGAUCUACAGAGCCACCACCGAGGAGGUUUGGACAGGAUUGCGUUUUCUGGGAGGAGAGUGGUGGUGGUCGGACGGAGAGGCGUUGGACCACCAGGAGAUGCUGCCGGACUGUCCGAGCCAGUGGCAACACUGUGGCACCGUCUCCAAAUAUAACACAACUAACUGGACCAGCAGGGACUGCUCAGAAAGAAGAAACUUCAUCUGCUCUUAUGAAAAAGUAUAGGAAGAAGUAACAGAAUAGCUAGACAAUGACUAGCUCUGUCUGUCUUCAUAUAUGUUGUACACAUAGAGAUGUAAGCAGUCAUAUCCAAAAUGUCUGAAUAUUUUUGAUAUGUUCUUGUAUGCCAGUACCUCAGUUUGCUUAGUAGAAUACAUUGCGUAGUCUAACUACACGUUCUAAAGUUUUCACACCUUUAUCAUUUUUGGUUUACAGCUGAUAAAAAUUUAAAUGUAACAUUUUAACAUUGGACCAAUGAGAAAAGUUAUGCUGCUUAACCCAGUGGAAACACUGUGGCACCGUGUUGAAAUAUAACAGUUAACUGCUCAGAAAGAAGAAACCUUAUCUGCUUUUGCAAAGACAUUAACAAGAAAACAUGAAGCUUUCUUCCUCUUAGCAUUGUAGGGUAUUGAACUUGCAUUUUACAUAUUGUAUUUAAAAUAUGAUAUGCCCUUUACUUGUUUGAGGGUAGCAUCAUUUUUUUCUUUGUGAUGUACUAAUGUUUUAUGACGUACUGUAGAAUCUAUGAAAUGUAAUUGUAUUUUCAACGGUUUC